AUGAAACGAACUGCGUUCGCACCUGGUUUGCCGCUGAACCGAAGAAGACUUGUGAGGACAGCGCCGCGUGCAACGGGAGCUGGUACGGCGCGUAAACCUGCACAGCGACCACUCGUGGCAGGCACUACUGCGUCCAACGGCGCGGCACCAGUCAGGGGUAUCGCAACGCGCAAGAGACGUGGAGGUGCGCUGCCCGGUGACCCCGCUGCACCCAAACACAACGUCACGAUUCUAAACUACCGCGAUGAUGAGUCUCUGACGCUCGCUGUUCCCGAGGACCGCUACAUAUGGUGGUAUUUCCGGGAAAAUGGUUAUGAGCUGCCGUCAUCGUGCCUGAACGGGUGCUGCACCACGUGCGCCGCCAAGAUCGUUCGCGGCAGUCUAGAGCAGCCCGAGGCGCUCGGACUCACACGAGAGUUCCGUGACAAGGGCUAUUGUCUACUGUGUGUAAGCUAUCCGCGUUCCGCACUCGUGCUGGUCCUUCAGAGCGAGGACGAGGUCUACGAGCAGCAGUGGGCAACAACUUUCGAGAGCGGCGGCAAACGCUGGGGCGGCCUCAUCCCAGAGGAAGACUAG